AUGGCGUCCGAACCCCAAUCGUCCUCGGACGGCGACCACCCAGACCUGAAGGAAGUCGAUGGUGCGGUGGACUUGGAGAUGGAGGAUCCCACCGGCGGAAGCAGCGGCGCCGGCAGGCUGCUGUACAAGCUUCCGGCGAGGAUAUCAGGGAUGCUUUAUCCCCACCAGCGCCAGGGGCUUGGCUGGCUUUGGUUUUUGCAUUGCAGGGUGACUGGUGGCGUCGUCGGCGAUGACAUGGGACUGGGGAAGACCAUGCAGAUUUCUGCAUUCCUAGCCGGAUUGUUCCAUUCAGGUUUAAUCAGGAGAGUGUUGGUUGUCGUUCCAAAGACACCUGUGACUCAUUGGAUCAAAGAACUUACACUUGUUGGCCUCAAAAGCAAGAUCAGCGACUGCUCUGGUCCCAACGCAAAUGUUCGCAACUCUGAGCUCCAACGCGCAGUUAAGGAGGGCGGUGUAGUAUUGACAACAUAUGACAUUGUCCGGAUAAAUUACAAGCUGAUAAGGGGUGACUUCUACCAUGAAGCCGAUGAUGAUGAGGAGAGAAACCUAUGGGACUAUGUUGUUCUUGAUGAGGCACAUCAAAUCAAAAACCCUAAGACACAAAGAUUCCAAAGCAUAUGUGACAUACCAUGUGUCCAUCGGAUUGCCAUUAGUGGCACACCUAUACAAAAUAACUUGAAGGUACUACCUGAAAAGCUCCUACAGUCCUACUCUAAUUUAAUACCACUAUAUGAUCAAUAUGUCCCCAUUGCGAUAUUGUUUUACCAAUGCAAGUUUAGAGAAAGGUAUGAAAAUGCUAUCAAUCGAGGAAAUGAAAAGGAUGCCACCAAUCGAGAGAAGCACAUUGGCUCAGAGGUAGCUAAGAAAUUAAGAGAACGGAUAAAGCCCUAUUUUUUGCGUCGUAUGAAAGGUGAAGUGUCCCUUGAUAUUGGCUCAACAAAUGGGAAAACACUUGGUAAGAAGAAUGAGCUAAUUAUCUGGCUGAAAUUAACAGAUUGCCAGAGGCAACUAUAUGAAGCUUUUCUGAAGAGUGAUAUACUUAAUACAAUGCGACCUCCCUUGCCUCACAUCACGAUAUUGAAGAAAAUAUGUGAUCACCCACUGAUGCUGACAAAGAUAGCCGCUGAGGGCAUCUUGGAAGGCAUGGAAGACAUGGACGGAAAGUUGAAUGAUCAUGAUAUGGUGAGGCUUGAAAAAAUGGCUCUGAACCUUGCUGGUAUGUCCUAUGAUGAUGAUGACGAUGAUGAUGAUGAUGCGCUGCAAGUCGGGCAUGAAAUCUCAUGCAAACUAUCUUUCAUCAUGUCCUUGUUGCGAAAUCUUCUUGAAGAGGGACACCAUGUUCUAAUUUUUUCGCAGACUCGCAAGAUGCUAAACCUUGUUCAGCAAGUUAUAUCAGUAGAGGGCUACAAGUUUUUUCGCAUCGAUGGUACAACCAAGAUUUCAGAGAGGGAAAGGAUUGUGAAGGAUUUCCAGGAGGGUUCUGGAACUCCAAUAUUUUUACUGACUACCAAAGUCGGUGGUCUUGGACUUACACUCACCAAGGCAGAUCGCGUCAUAGUAGUCGACCCUGCUUGGAAUCCAAGGAUGCAAGUUCUCUUAGUUCUAACACAAUCUUCGUAUUCACAGUGUCGACAGUCAGGCUGUCGAUCGUGCUUAUCGAAUUGGACAGACAAAAGAUGUGAUUGUAUACCGCUUGAUGCUGCAACUGUUGAAGAAAAGAUAUAUAGAAUGCAGGUCUUCAAGUGGGGUUUGUUUAGGACAGCCACUGAGCAGAAAGAACAAACACGCUACUUCAACCAGAGGGACAUUCAGGAGCUUCUUAGCCUACCGGCACAAGGUUUUGACAUCUCCCCUACGCAAAAGCAAUUGCAAAAAGAGCAUGAACAGCAGCUUGACAUGGAUGAGUCACUGAGGCAGCACAUAGAGUUUCUAGAGCAGCAAGGAAUAGCCGGUGUGAGCCACCACAGCCUCCUGUAUUCCAAGACAGAGGUCUUGCCAGCUUUGAGCGAAAAUGAUCAUGCACCGGACAGGGAUGCGCAUGCCGUUAAGCCAAAUUCAGAUGUCCGUGCCGAAGAUAUCAACCGGCUGACGCAAACCCUUGCGAACACGGCACUGGCGUCCGUGCUGCCGGACCGUGACGGUGAGGAAAAGACACAAGGUGGUUUGGAUGAUGACAAGCUGACGGUGGUCGCUGCUGAGUCGACAUGA